GCUUUCAACCAGCGAGGCCGAGAUUCGAGCUUCCAGCAUGGGCAGCAAGCUGAUCACAAUUACGAAGCCCAAGAUCUAGGGUGGUACGCCUUGCUCUAAAUCCAGAUACCCGCACAUGCCAGCCAUUGAAAGCGCCUGGACGCUGCUCCGGGCCGCUGCAGUGCAUGAGAUUGAUUGGUAUGUUGGCGGCAUUGUCGAGCUUGAUUGAGGUUAAAUCAGGGUAUACGCUUAAAAUGAGCCCCACAUCGUUACUCGCUGUAGAUUAUCCCGUUGGUGUUGAUGUUGGCUGUGGCUUAAUUCUGGGUAGGUAGAACAGGGACAAACGCAGGCACGGCAGGAACCUACGUCACUGCCCGCGUGCCUGCCUUCAUAACGCGCCAACACGGACUCUUUGACUCCGCGCAUACUCACGAUACCCAGUUUCCCUCACUUCAUUCUCUCAACUCUUACAAUUGACCCUCAUAAAACACAGCCAGAAUGGAGACCAUCACCAACCUCGCAAGCAAUGCUGCUGGCGCAGCCUCGAAACUCAUCUACGGCGACCAGACCAAGACCGACGAGGCAGUCGACCAGACCAAGAACAACGAAACUGCCGGCAAGGAGCCUAUCUCCGGUGAGCAGGGUCAGGGCACUGUCACUCAGCCCUACGACCAGGGCAAUCUUGCGACCCCUCUAGCGACCGCUGACAAGGGAACUUUCCUCGACUACUCGAACAACGAGACUGCGGGCAAGGAGCCUGUUUCUGGAGAGCUCGGUAAGGGAACUGUAACAGAGCCCUUUGACCAAGGCAACGAUGCCAAGGCGACCGAGCAGGCAGCCGAGAAGACCUCUGGUUCAGAUGAGUUCCUGAAGCUCGACCCUACCACCAAGGGACCGACCGAGACUAUGACCGAAACAUCGACCGACCCCAAGAUCUACUCAGACAGCAAGGACCCGUCCUACGUUGGCAUGCCCAUCGUGCCCCUCAAUCCUGACACUGCUACGUCCAACACUGGCGCUACCUCCUCUACAACUCAGAGCACUGGCAUCACCGACAAGGCUGGAGUAACGGACAAGAUCUGGAAGGACACCCCGCUUGACGACAUCAGUCGUUCAGGUGCACCAGGUGCUGGGCCUACUGGUCCCAGCGAUGUUACUCCUGCGGCUCCUGGUUCCACCACAACCACAACUACCAGCCCUGACCCCGCCAUUAAGACUACUGCUCCCGACUCUGUAACCGGUGCUUCAAGCACAUACGCGGGUGGCGCUGGUACCGACACUAAGACUGAUGCCGAGAAGGCCUCUGCGAACCGCGACACUCCAGAGUGGACAUCAACAGGCGUUCCUUCUGACAGCAGCAACUUCGAAGCGGCUGCUGCCAAACAGAACGCUGCCUCUGGUUUGUGGACACGGGAACCCGGACAAAGUCGGGGUAGUACUGACGGUGCCGCAGGUUUGACUGGAGAGCACUCAGGUCGCAAGUCCGAGUCUGCUGAUUUGACUACGUCCCCAAGCGGCGAGGAGAAGGGUGGAAAGAUGUCGCACUUGAAGGAGAAGAUGAAGAAUAAGCUUCACAUCGGCUCCAAGGACAAAUAGGUGCGACGUGGAGGAAUGAACGAUCUUGAUGGAUGAUGGAUGAGAUAUGAUACCACGGCAAUAACAUGCCACCAUGUACGAGGACAAUACUCGUAGUGUACUCUUCAGAUAGAAAUCUAAAGCGUUGAGCUC